UGGCGUAGACUAUAUAAUACGAAGCAGACAUUCUUUUUUUUCGGUAUUAUAUCGAUUUCUACGGAAAUUUAUUGGAAACUCGAACUCCCCAAUUUCCCAAGAAGCAUCCCGACAUCAUCCAGGUUUCUGGGUUUGGGGCGGGGUGUGAGGAGUGGCAGAACAAUACUUAAUUUGGGUCCAUUUCUGCUAGUGCACUCACUGCAGACAACUCACCAGCCCAUAGUACAGGAAAGUGACUAGAGAAGGGUCCAUCAUGGAGGGGACAAGGGGUCUGUUGGCCCUCGUCAUCACAGCUGGAUGUAUUCUGGUCAGUGGUGCGCAAAAAAGAGUCUGCACACAGGAGGCGGUGGCUGACAUUGUCUUCCUGGUUGAUGGCUCAUGGAGCAUAGGCACAGAAAACUUUGAGCAGAUCCGCCAGUUCCUCUACACGCUGGUCAACAGCUUUGAGGUGGGGCCUGAUCAUGUUCGUAUUGGCCUGGUCCAGUACAGCACAACACCGCACACAGAGUUCCUCCUCAACUCCUACCAGACCCAACAGGAUGUUCUCCAGUACAUCAGCAAACUGCCAUACAGGGGCGGUGGAACCAAAACCGGAAUGGGUUUGGACUUCAUGCUUCAGAACCACUUUGUAGACCAAGCUGGGAGUAGGAUCGCCAAUAAUGUGCCUCAGAUAGCCGUGGUGAUCACUGACGGCCAAUCGCAGGACAACGUGGAGCCGCAAGCCCUCGCUCUAAAGUGGCAGGGGAUCACAUUGUAUGCUAUCGGAAUCAAAGACGCAGACGAGGAGCAGCUGAGGGAGAUUGCCACUGAGCCCCAUGAACAGCAUGUGUAUAGUGUGUCUGACUUUGCCGCGCUGCAGGGAAUCUCCCAGAGUAUCGUCCAGGUGCUGUGUACCACAGUUGAGGAGGCCAAACGACAGCUGACCCAGGUGGCCCAGGAGUGUCGCAAAGCCACCGAAGCCGACAUUGUCUUCCUCGUGGACGGUUCCUUCAGCAUCGGUGAGCCCAACUUCCAGGAGCUCCGUGGGUUUCUUCACACCAAUAAUGUGCCUCAGAUAGCCGUGGUGAUCACUGACGGCAAAUCGCAGGACAACGUGGAGCAGCAAGCCCUCGCUCUAAAGAGGCAGGGGAUCACAUUGUAUGCUAUCGGAAUCAAAGACGCAGACGAGGAGCAGCUGAGGGAGAUUGCCACUGAGCCCCAUGAACAGCAUGUGUAUAGUGUGUCUGACUUUGCCGCGCUGCAGGGAAUCUCCCAGAGUAUCGUCCAGGUGCUGUGUACCACAGUUGAGGAGGCCAAACGACAGCUGACCCAGGUGGCCCAGGAGUGUCGCAAAGCCACCGAAGCCGACAUUGUCUUCCUCGUGGACGGAUCCUUCAGCAUCAGUGAGCCCAACUUCCAGGAGCUCCGUGGGUUUCUUCACACCUUUGUAGAAGGUCUGGAGAUUGGCGAACAACAGGUCCGUUUAGGACUGGCGCUGUACACUGCAGACAAACCCCAUCAGGAGUUCCUGCUGGGAGAUCUCGUAGAUAAGAGAUCCCUGCUGGAGAAAGUAGACAAUCUCGCCUACCGGCCUAGAGGCACCUCUUCUGGCAAAGCCAUCGGCAAAGCUCUCACCUUCCUCCAGACCAAUUACUUCACCAAGACCGCCGGGAGCCGCUCCCAACAGGGUGUGCCGCAGAUUGCUGUGGUGAUAACCGACGGGAAUUCAUCUGAUGAUGUGGUGGAACCGGCUCGGGUCCUCAGGAGAGAGGGAGUCAUUGUGUUCACCAUUGGGGUAGGGGCAGCCAACAAAGAUAGGCUGAAGGCCAUUGCUAACAAGCCGCACGAGUGGUUCCUUCACAGCAUUGGAAGCUACCAGCAGCUUCAGAAGAGGUCAGAAGAGAUGCUGAAGACUGUGUGCAUCUCCAUGGAAAUCCGGAGGCAGGCUCUGGUCCCAAAGUUUGCGGACAUUUUCUUUCUUGUGGAUAGUAACAUGGCACAGAAAGACUUUCAGCAGAUCAGAAAUAUACUGAUGAAACUGGGGAACAUGGAAGUGAGCGCAGAACAGCAUCGCAUUGGCCUGGCACAGUUUGGUCAAACAACAAAAGUAGAGUUCCUUCUGAACGCCCAUCAAACAAAGGAGCAGACAGUAAAUGCACUGCGUCGAUUCCGGGUUCGCCCGAACGGGCCUCGUAAUCUGGGAAGUGCUUUGGAUUUUGCUAGAACACAGUUCUUUAACAAAUCAGCCGGGGGCCGCGCCAACCAAGGCUAUCGUCAGUUUCUUGUUGUGUUGACAGGGGGGCUUUCGAAUGACCCAGUGAUUGGAGCAUCACGUCUGGUCAGAGCUGAAGGGGUGUCCAUCGUGGCUGUUUCUACUGAUCCAAAUUCAGUCACAGAGUUAAACUCCUUUAGACCAUAUGUGUAUAUGUCCCAGGACACCAACAUUGUAUUUACUCUGAGGAAACUCUUUGAGAAGGAGGAUGAGAUCGUAAUGAGUGCAGAUUGUGCGGCAGCCAAAUUUGCUGACAUCGUUUUUAUUGUUGAUGAGUCUGGUAGCAUUUCAUCGGAAAACUUCAAUCUGAUUCGCCGCUUCCUGUACAAGAUUGUGAAAGGCUUGGACGUGGGUUUGAAACAAGUGAGGGUGGGCAUUGUCCUCUACAGUGACAAGGCUACUGCCCACGUCUACCUCAACUCUUUUGACAAUAAGGAUGAAAUUCUGGAGUUUAUCAAGAUCCUCCCCCAGCGUGGGGGUGGUACCCUCACGGGUGCAGCCCUAAAGUUUGCCAAAGAUAAUGUUUUUGUUAAGGAUAAGGGAAGCAGGCUUGACCUUGGUAUCCAGCAGGUGGCUGUGGUCAUAACUGAUGGCGAGUCUCAAGACAAAGUGAGCCCUGCAGCUACCGCCCUUCGCAGAGCUGGCGUCACCGUCUAUGCCGUGGGAGUAAAAAAUGCCAACGUCGAAGAACUGAAGGCGAUAGCUUCACAUCCUCCUAAAUCUCAUAUGUUCAACGUGGACAGCUUUGCCAAGCUGGGGAGCCUGGAGAAGACCCUCAGGAAGAGUCUUUGCUACAACAUUCUCCGCUCAGAAUUCUCUCUCAGUGCCAGGAAAUACAGCAUCCAAGCAGGCUGUAAGCAGACAGAGGAGGCUGACAUCUUCUUCCUGAUUGACCAUUCCGGAAGCAUCACCCCACAAGACUUCCAGGACAUGAAAAAAUUCAUAAUUGAGUUUGUACACACAUUGCGCAUCGGCCCGCAGCAUGUCCGAGUAGGUGUGGUCAAGUAUUCAGACAACCCUGAACUGGAAUUUGAUUUGACAACCUACAAAGACGGCAAAACAUUAGAGGCUGCAGCCGAGCGUAUUAUUCAAAGGGGAGGUGGAACUAAUACUGGUCGGGCUUUGAGUUUUAUGAACAAGUUCUUCAAAGAAGCAGAAGUCACACGGGGAGCCAAAGUCCCAGAGUUCCUCAUUGUUAUCACAGACGGGAAGUCUGCAGACAAGGUGAAGGAACCAGCACAGCUUCUGAGGAACGAGAAGAUUCAAAUCUACGCCAUUGGGGUGAAAGAAGCCAACCCGACUGAGCUGCUGGAGAUUGCAGGUUCACCUGAGAGGAAGUUCUUUGUCAACAACUUUGAUGCUCUGAAGUCAAUCAAGGACGAGAUCAUCACAGAUAUCUGCACAGAGGACACGUGUAAGGACACAGCAGCUGACCUGCUCUUCAUGAUAGACAGCUCAACCAGCAUCAACCCAGAGAACUUCCUGAAAAUGAAAGAAUUCAUGAAAUCCUUGGUGAGGCGGUCUAUCGUCGGUCCAGACAAAGUGCACGUUGGCGUGACACAGUUCAGCAGCAAUUCAAAGUUGGAGUUCUCUCUGAACAAACUGUAUGACAAACCUAGUAUAGAGAAGGCCAUAGACUCCAUGCAGCAGAUGGGGGGAGGCACACUCACAGGAAAAUCGAUUUCUGAAAUCUCACAGUACUUUGACCCCUCAAAUGGGGGUCGCCCGAACAAAAAUAGGUUUCUAUUGCUUGUGACGGAUAGUGAAGCCCAGGAUGAGGUGUCGGUGCCUGCUAAAGCUCUCAGGGAGAAGGGGGUGUUGAUCUAUGCCAUUGGAGUUGACAAUGCCAACACUACGCAGCUUUUGGAAAUCAGUGGAACACAAAAUAAGGUCUACUCUGUGGCAGACUUCGAUGGGCUCAGAGCCUUGGAGAGGCAACUGGCAUUGUCCAUCUGUGAUCCAGAAAAAGAGUGUACGAAAACAGAAGUUGCAGAUAUUAUCUUCCUAGUGGACCACUCCUCCAGCAUCACUCCAGACAAGUUCCGCAGCAUGCAGACCUUCAUGGUGUCCAUGAUCAACCAAACCACUGUCGGGGAGAAGCAGACACGAUUUGGUGUCAUCAUGUACUCCACCAAUCCUGAGAAUGCAUUCAGCCUCAGUUCAUACUACUCAAAAAGAGAGAUCCACUCACAUAUUUGGAAACUUUCGACCCCGGAGGGAGAUACCUACACAGCCAAGGCUCUGGAUUAUUCCCUGCAGUACUUUGGUGCCCAGCACGGCGGCAGAAAAAACGUGACGCAGAUUUUGAUGGUAAUCACAGACGGCAAUGCUCAUGACCGUGAUAAUCUAGAAGCGCCAUCGAAGGCUCUGAGGGACAACGGGGUCGAGGUGUUUGCCAUCGGAGUGGAGGGAGCCAGCAUGACGGAACUGGAGACCAUGACUGGCAAAGACCAAUCCAAGAUCUUUUAUGUGAACGACUUUAAGGCUCUCGAAUCACUGUAUUCCAAUAUCUCUCAGGUCCUCUGCAACACUACGAAACCAGUGUGUCAGAUGAAGCAGGCUGACUUGGUCGUUUUAAUAGACGGUUCAGAAAGCAUCGAGAGACUACAAUUCCCACAUGUGAAAAACUUCACAAGAGAUCUCAUAGAGGUCUUCAAUAUCAGCGAAAACUCUGUUAGAGCAGGAGUUGCCCAGUUCAGCACUGAGGCUCAAAAGGAGUUCUACCUCAAUGAGUUCUACACUAUAGAAGGCAUAAGAGACCGCAUCAAAGAUAUUAAACAACUUCGUCAAGGAACUCUAACCGGAAAGGCCCUUAAUUUCACCAGAAGUUUCUUUGAAGCAGCAGCAGGGAGUCGUAUCCAGUCAGGGGUCCCCCAGAACCUCGUGGUGAUCACGGACGGAGACUCUGAUGAUGAUGUGGUUGCAGAAGCUAAAUUCCUUAGGGAUAUGAAGAUUGAGUUGUUUGCUAUUGGUAUUGGGAGCAAGUUUAAUCCUCUACUGCUGAAGAAUAUUGCAGGAUCAUUAGACAGGGUUUUCAUUGUGGACGACUUUACCUCUCUGGCCGAGAUCAAGACCAGGGUGGUGAACACUAUAUGUGAAGGACCCAAUCCACCACCAAAUCCACCAGGCUGCGUUAUAGAUGUCGCCGUUGGCUUCGAUAUUUCUCGCAGGAGCGGGUCGAUGCUGCUCAUGGAAGGCCAGUCCAAGCUGCAGAGCUAUCUCCAGGAGAUAGUCCUCUACAUGUCAAACCUGAAGGGCCUGUGCUGUGUCAGGACGGACAGGGUCACGGUCAACAUUGGAUACCGGGUGGUGGCUGAUGAUGGACAACUUCUGCAUGACUUCUCCUUUGAGCCGUACAAUGAGGAUGUGAUAAAGAAGAUCAAGGCCCUGCAGAUACCCCAGACCACUCGCUUUAAUGGCGCUCUGCUGGCCUCUUUCAAGGAGAAGUUCCAGAAAGAGUCUAGGGCUGGCGUGAAGGUGCUUGUAGUCUUUUCUGAUGGACUUGAUGAAAACGUUGAGGACAUGGAGAGAGAGUCAGAACAGUUGCGUCGUUCUGGUGUCCAGGCUCUACUGACUGUGGCCUUAGAGGGGGUCCAGAAUGACCAGCAGCUCCAGAUGGUGGAGUUUGGGAGAGGGUUUGGCUACAAGCAACCCCUAAAUAUUGGCAUGCAGAGUGUGGGCAGUACCAUGCACCAACAAAUAGACACAGUAGCUGAGAGAGAGUGCUGCAACGUGGCGUGUAAGUGCUCCGGUCACGAGGGGAUCCGCGGCUUACCGGGUUCACCCGGGGAAAAGGGUCGUCCAGGGCUGAAGGGCCACCCAGGCUUCCCUGGGGAGGAGGGAGGGAUUGGUGAGAGAGGACCACCAGGUCCAACUGGACCUCAAGGUCUGCGGGGUUGUCCGGGUACUCGAGGCCUAAAGGGCUACCGAGGUCACAGAGGCAACAAGGGGGAUGACGGAGAGCAUGGGCUGGAUGGCAUCAAUGGAGAACAGGGUGUGACAGGAUUGGCUGGAGGCUCUGGGGAGAGAGGAGACUCUGGCAACCCGGGUUCCAGGGGCAUUAGGGGAGAGCCAGGGAUCAAGGGCCAGCAUGGGCUGAGAGGAGAUCCUGGGGAGCCUGGAAGCAGCAACACAGAGCGUGGACCGCCAGGCCAGUCCGGGAACUCAGGCUUGCCGGGAGAUGCAGGAGAGGACGGGGUUCCAGGAGGGGAUGGAAUCGAUGGAAACCCUGGCCCACGGGGUAGGAGAGGUCCACCUGGAGUCAAGGGACUAAAUGGAUCUCCAGGUGCUGCUGGACUCUCUGGAAACCAGGGUCCCUCUGGGUCAGAGGGUGUAAGAGGAGAACCAGGCGAGAACGGACCCGAAGGUACCACAGGAUUACCUGGAUCACAGGGUACACCUGGCAUAGGGGGCAGGAAAGGAUCAGUUGGACGUCCAGGUCGAAAUGGAAGAAAGGGUGAGCCAGGAGACCCUGGAGUGAAGGGUGACACAGGACCUCUGGGUCCCAGAGGGAUGCCGGGUCUGGAUGGAAGAGAUGGUUAUGGUCCAUCAGGACCCAAGGGUCUGAAGGGUGAACCUGGUUUCCCUGGCUACCCCGGGCUUCAGGGUGAGGGUGGUUUUACUGGACCACCAGGAGGACCAGGCCCCAAAGGCAACCAUGGCAGGGGGGGGAACGCUGGCAGAACAGGAGAAACAGGACAGCCCGGAGACCCAGGACUAGCAGGACACAGGGGUCCUAGAGGGUCUCCUGGUGAGAGACCCGAUGAAUGCCAGCUGAUUACCUACAUCCGUGACAACUGUGCGUGCUCCCAAGGUUUUUCGGGGUGCCCAGCCUACCCCACAGAGCUGGUGUUUGCCCUGGACAUGUCUGAUGAUGUGGAACUUCCCGCCUUCGAGAGAAUGCGCUCCUCUCUCGUCUCUCUCUUGAACAACAUCAACAUCGCUGAGAGCAACUGUCCGACUGGUGCUCGUGUUGCCGUGGUAGCCUACAGCGCCUACACAGAGUACCUGAUCCGUUUCCAGGACUACCGGCGCAAGAGCCAGCUGCUGGAGGCGGUGCAGGGCAUCCCGCUGGUCCAGACGGCCAAUAAACGCAACCUGGGCGCCGCCAUGCGCUAUGUGGCACACAACGUCUUCAAACGCACUCGAAAGGGGAUGAGGAUAAGGAAGGUAGCCAUCUUCUUCUCCAAUGGACCUUCCCAAGACUCCUCUGCCAUUGUUACUGCAACAAUGGAGUUUAAUGCCCUGAACAUCAUCCCAGCAGUCAUCACACUUAGGAGUUUGCCAAAUGUUCUUCAGGCUUUUAAGGCUGAUGAAACACGGCGCUCCACCCUGGUGGUGCUGCGGGACAACCAGAACCUGGAGGAGGGGCUGAAGAAUAUCAGGGAAUGUGUCAUCUGCUAUGAUCCAUGCAGGACCGCGCAGAGCACCUGCUCCUACAUCACGAAGACCCCUCUGAUCCAGGAGGUGGAUGUGGACUUGGCCCUGCUGGUGGAUAGCUCCAGGGAGGUCCAGGCAGACCAGUUCUCUGGCAUGCAGCAGCUGCUGGGCAGGGUGGUGGAGCAGCUGGCAGUGAGCCCCCAGCCCGGCCAGGGGAAUCGGCAGGCCAGGGUGGCCCUCGUCCAGCAGGGCGCCGCUCAGGCCGCCAAGCUGGAGUUUGGCUUCCAGAAGUACAAGGACCACAGAGCCAUGAAGCAACACGUUCUCCAAGGCCUUCGACAGCAGGGAGGGUCCCUGGCCCUUAGCCAGACCCUGGAGUUCACCCUCAGGGAGGUGCUGCUCAAGGCCCCCCGUCCCCGGACCAGGAAGAUGGUCCUGGCCAUAGUAGGUGACAAGACGCUUGACCGGGAUCGGGCCAAGCUGCACUACGUUUCCGAGCAGGCCAAGUGUCAGGGCGUGGCGCUGUUUGUUGUCACGGUGGGCAGCUAUUACAACCGAACGGAGGUGGAGCAUCUGGCCAGCACCCCCCUGGAGCAGCACCUGCUUCAUCUAGGCCAGCUCAGAGACGAUGACCAGGAAUACGCCCAGCGCUUCUUCAGAGCCUUCCUGGCCGUGUUCAACGGAGGCAUGAACACCUACCCUCCUCCGUCUCUGAGACAGAAGUGUGCACAGCUUGAGGGACAGGGACAGGGGCAGGGGCAGACUAUAUUUGUAUACAGCGAACCAGAGGUGGAGGAGGAGCUGGAGGAGGAGGAGCUGCAGGAGGAAGUGGAGGUCCAGAGUCAGUAUGACUACCUGUCUAAACCAGAAACAACUCAGGUGGAAAUCUUCGAGAGCCAUUCCAGGGGGGAUGGAGGAGAACUGUCCUCACGACCAAAGCUCAAUGUACACUGUCUGUUGGAUGUGGACAGGGGCUCCCAUUGCAGGGACUACGUCCAGCAUUGGUACUUUAAUAAAGCCAUCCAUGCAUGCUUACCGUUCUGGUAUGGCGGUUGCCAUGGCAAUGCCAACCGCUUUAGUACGGAAAGUGAAUGUUUCCAAGCCUGCAACUCCCACAAUCCCACAUCCAUGCUACUGAAAGAGGACUCUGAUGUACUGGACAAGAACUCGUGUUUCCAAAGCCAGGAUGUCGGCACCUGUGGGAACUAUACUGUUAAAUGGUACUUUGACACACAGCAGAGUGAGUGUUCUCGCUUCUGGUUCAGCGGCUGUGGAGGAAACAGCAACCGCUUCGACACGCAGGAGGAGUGUGAGGGCCUGUGCCUCCGGCGGAAGCACUAGGAUGAUGCUCCACAGAACCAUACCUGGGUGAAGACUUGACACUAGACAAAAACCUUCCUCUGGUUUGUCCAAGAUCUAUCACUGAAUAUGUACUCAUAGUCCCUUUCUAAAUCUUAUAUUUUUGUAUACAUUUUGUCAAGGAUAUACAUUUUGACAAGUGCCUGUCUGUUAAAUAUUACCCCUCCGAGUAUUGGCCAAGCAGCUGCUUGCUGUAGGAAUAUUUACUCCAAAUAUUUAACCUGAAGCAAUCCAGCCCAAGAGGCAGCCCCUUAUAUCAAACAUAGCUGCAAAUGUUCACACAGUAUCUUCCUGGAACUCAGAAGAUACAUCAGUUGUACAAUAAACCAUGUGCUAUUAUAACCCCGGUCU